UUCAAAUAUUGAAGCUAUAAAUGUUGAAGAUUUGACAGUUAAAAACUUUCUAUGUGAAUCUGGUUCAGUAUGGAAAUUUAACCCUCCCCACUCUUCCCACAUGGGAGGAGUGUGGGAAAGGAUGAUAGGUGUCACACGAAGAAUAUUAGACGCUGUUAUCUUAACUUCUAGUAGUAAAAGUUUGACUCAUGAAAGUUUAACAACAUUCUUAGCUGAAGUGACCGCUAUUAUUAACGCAAGACCCAUUGCACAGAUAUCAUCAGAUCCGGAAAUGCCUUUGAUUCUAAGUCCAUCAAUGCUCUUAACUGGAAAACAAGACUACUUACCUGUGAUAACGGGCACAUACAAUCUCAAGGAUAUGUAUCGUGCACAAUGGAAACAUGUGCAAGUUCUAUCAGAUAUAUUCUGGAAGCAUUGGAGGUCAGAUUAUUUACGAUGUUUGCAACAGAGACGUAAAUGGCACGUUGACAAAGACGAUAUCAAAGUUGGUGAUGUAAUUCUUAUGAGAGACAAAUCUAUUUACCGAGGAGAGUGGCCACUAGGCAUUGUGGAGGAAGUUUUCAAAAGCGAUGAUGGAAAAGUACGCAAGGCUCGCCUCCGCAUUUACAAGGAAGGAAAAGCUGUUACGUAUACUAGACCGAUUAGUGAGAUGGUUUUAUUGGUAGACUGAUUGUGAAUAUUGACAAUAUUGAACAAUUUAUAAAAGGUUUAAGUGAACUGUUGUUUGCAUUUAAAAGUAUCGUAAACUACGCCAACUCACAAUGUAAGUUUAUAAUUCAUAGUUUUUAAUGAUUGUAUGAUGAAAGUUAAUAUGUUUCCACAUCAAGAUAAAUUUUGUAUAUGUGUAUAUCAGCC